AGAUAAGGUAUUCUCGUUACCAAGCACGCCUCUAAGUUCGCAUCAAAAAAUGGUUUGUGGAGCCUCUUCGCGUCUUCCUUCUGCAGAUUGAAUGUUAAACCUAGAAGUUCCCGCCAAAAUCUGUUGGAUUCUUCGCAAUUUCGAAAUGGAUAAAAUCUUCCGGAUAAUGAAUAUCAAUAGUUCAACACAUGAAUUACUCAAUUCCACGCUGAGAAGUCCUAAAUAUCUCACUCCGCUUCUGCUGUUUCAUGGUUCCAACAAAAGUCUGGCCUCAGAUUCGGAGCUGGAACUCGAUUUUGACAAGCUCGAACAUGGAUCUUCAAUACCCAGGUCUCCAAGAAGCUGGAUUUCUGAAAAACAGGUUGAUCUCAGAGAGAUUUCAAAAGCAAGGGUAUUGAAUGUUCAGAUAGACCCAUGGCCGGAGUGGGUGAACUUCAUGGAAUGUUUGUCAAAGAAAGGGUACUUCGAAGGAGGCGGAGUACCAUUUCUGAAUGCUGAACUGGGUGCAAAAGAUUUCAAUCAUAUUCGGACUGCCUGUCUUGAUUUUGCAAGGGAUCGGUCUAACCUUAUACGGUGCUUGUCCAGGAAAGAGUUACAGGUGAUUGCAGGAUGUGGAUGCCCAAGCAUAGAUAGGAAAGUUGUGAACUCAGGGAAGCGUCUCAGAGCACAUGUGGGCAUUGAUGAGGGAAAUGUCUGCAGUUCUUGCAACCUGCGGGGAGAAUGUGAGAGGGCAUAUGCAAAGGCAUGCGGAGACGGAGGAGGUCGGACCGUGGAUGUCAUGCGCGUUUUGUUAUUUUACGGGCUUGAUCACAUCUCUGCUAUGGUGGAGAACAGACCUUGUGUGGACAAGAAGGCUAAUGACUCUGUUAGAAAGCUAUUGAAAGAAAUUGUUGAUUACAGUGCAGGAGAACGUGAAUCUGAUGUUCUAAAGUCUAAUGAGGGGUUUUCAACAGAAAAUCAUGAGACAAAUGCUUCAGCAACACAAGGCGACUGGCAUUGUCCAAAAUGCAACUUCUUCAACUUUUCUAGAAAUGUCAAGUGCUUGCGUUGUGGUAGUAUAGCUCUUGAGAGGCUUCGGAAACGAAACGAGGAUCAAGCCAAUCUUCCAUUGAAGAAGGGCGACUGGAUUUGCGACAAAUGUAAUUUCUUGAACUUUGCUAAGAAUUCAACAUGUUUGCAAUGCAAAGAGAAGCCGUUGAAUCGACAGCUGAAUCCGGGGGAGUGGGAAUGCGAAUCGUGCACCUAUAUUAAUUUUAGGAAGAACACGCUAUGCUUGAGGUGUGAUCACCGACGGCCCAAAGCACUAAACACUAGAAACGUUUCUGCUGGACCUAAAUUGUGUUCUGGUAAAGUUGGAACCAAUGCAAGUAGGAGGAAGAACGAUGACGGUUGUAUGUGGAGAUUUGGUGGAAGUGAGGGUGAAGAACACUGCAGAUUUCCGGAUUUUCCAAGUGCAGAAAGUGCAGAGAGAAGGAAAGUGGAGAUGUUAGAGAGGAGAAGAAGCUUGGAAAAUGCAAUGGAGAAAGAAGAAGAUCUGAUCUUGAGAUCUGACAAUAUGGAAAGAAGAAUUGAGUUUGUUGAAUGUAGUGAUGAUGAAGAUAUGAUGGAAUGGUUUGAACACAAGCCAGAACAAUUCAGAUACCCUGCUUCAAAAAUGGGUGACGAGGCCGCGAAGGUUGUUGUUCCUCGAAACUUCAGAUUACUGGAAGAACUUGAAAGAGGUGAAAAAGGAAUCGGGGAUGGAACUGUCAGUUAUGGGAUGGAUGAUGCUGAUGAUAUCUGUAUGGCUUCUUGGACGGGAACUAUUAUUGGGCCGCCUAAUACUGUUCAUGAAGGGCGCAUCCAUCAACUCAAGCUAUUCUGUGGGCAGGAUUACCCUGAUAAUCCUCCGAACGUUAAAUUUCAAACUCCGAUUAAUAUGACCUGUGUCAAUUCAGAAACCGGGGUGGUGGAACCAAGCCUUUUCCCCAUGCUUGCUAACUGGCAAAGGGAGCAUACAAUGGAGGACAUAUUAAUGCAAUUGAAGAAAGAAAUGACUUCUCCCCAGAACAGGAGACUAAGUCAGCCUUCUGAAGGUAAUGAGGAUGGACGAAUAGAGCAAAAGGGGCUAGUGUUGAAAUGUUGCAUUCUAUAAGGUAAAAGGCCAAAUAUGAUAAUGUAAAUAAACACAGACAUUUGAUGUUACUAUUUAAGCAACGUGCUUAUGUCUACACGCGCAUAUGAAUGAAGCUGAGUUGUGCUCCAUUAAGUGACAUGUUUGUCAGGAUCUCAAUUUUCUUGUUUGCUAUUUGCGUAGCCUUCCCUUCCCUUUUGAACAGCUUACUGAUGAGAUGGUUUCCUUUCGGCUGUUCUUAGAGAUCAGCAAAAGAGAUCAAAGUGAAAAAGACAAAUGCAAGUUAUGUUAAUAGAAAUCAAUCAAAAUCUUUGUA